CAAUGAAAUUGUGGGGAGCUUUUCUGGUUGUCGCUCUGGCGACGGCCUCCUCGGCGUACUUCAAGCCUCCGCCACCACCGCCGGAAGUGGAAGAAUCGCACUUUGCGUACCAGGAAAAGACGUUCCGUCGGGCGUUGGACGAGUGUGCUGAAUAUCUGGAAGUUCCGGCGGAAACGGUGGAACAUUUGGUGUCCCAUCGGUUCCAGACGAGCGAGCAGAACUUGAAGUGUUUGAUCCGUUGUGCCGGAAUCAACGCCGGCUGGUGGAACGAUACUGCGGGAGUUCAGGGUCCAGUGAUCGAGAGUUACUUCCAGCCGUCUCCGGACGAUACCUGCUUCGAUCGUCGUACCCGCGAGUGUCUUGAAGCCCGUGCUCCUCUCUGCCAGGACGAUUGCUCGCGAGCGUACGAAGCGUUCCUGUGCUACUACCAUCAGUACGGAAACCUCAGGUGGUCCCAGGAGUACAUCCCGCUGCCCCAUCUGGAAGCCGUCCAAGCCUCGAUCGAUUGCAUCAACAUUCUGCGCAUCCCUCGGGAACUCAUCGAACAGUACAGCCGUGCCAUCGUCCCGAACGUGCCGGAAACUCAAUGCCUCUACCGGUGCCAAUAUCUGGCGGAAGGUCUCUACGAUCCUCAGUACGGCUUCAACCACACCCGGUUCUACAUCCGUCAUCACGAUCAACCAGCCCGCGAGUUCCUGAGCGAUGAAACCCGGUCCUGUACGGAACACGCCCUCCGAGACAGCUGCGAUGAGUGUGCCCGGGUCUACCGAGCUCGCAAGUGCUUCGACAGCUACAGCACACCGUUCUUCACGUCCAGAAUCAUCCAGCACGCAGCGCAAAUCAUCCUUGGGCAGCGCGGAUGUGACGAGGAUGAGCUGAAGCCACGGUACAACUCUAUCGCUUCGGGAUCGUACGUCCCAGCGUCGCAUCCUCCUCCACCACCGCCGCCAUCGUCGUACCACGUGUCGGACGGGGGCUGCAAGUACAACUGCAAAAACUAGAUGAGAGCAGAGCAGAUUAUAGAGGAUUGUGUUAAACUUGAACCAAUAAAUAUAUUUUAACGAAGAUCGUGAAAGCUGACCAAU